AUGCGACCUUGUACUCCUAUUUCAAAUUUGUGCGUGUCACAGAAUGACUGUCAACGAUACCAAAGGGAAAUCUAAAGAGAAUGCUGUUGAGAAAAAAAGUUCAAAGCCAGCAGAAAAGGUGGAUGUAGCGAUAUUGGAAGAAGAUGAUGAUUUUGAAGAGUUUCCAGCACAUGCAUGUUCUGGUGUUCCUGCUGGUGAAGAAGCUACACUUUGGGAAGACAACUGGGACGAUGAUAUAGUAGAUGAUGAGUUUACUCACCAGUUGAGAGCUGAAUUUCAGAAGCAGGGGAAAGCAUUUGUCGUACCUGAAAUUUCCGCGAAUUUCGAUUAAUGUAAUUCAAAUGUCUAUUAAAAAUUUUCUCCAAUAAAUUCAAUUGUUCUGGUUUGCUCGUUUGUUGUUUGAUUGAGGACUUCGGUGAAGUACAUAUGAUAUGUGACAUGGCGUAAGAAACUAAUGUAGAGUUGACUUCCUUGUGAGACCGAAAACGUAAUACUUACCUACAAAUACCCCAUGUGAAGAGUUGUAAGCAAGUUAUUCUGUUAUUUUGAAUGU